CAAAGACGUAGCCCGUGAAAGGAAGGGCUGGGCGGAGCGGAACUAUACCAUUUUUUUAUUGGAAUGAGGGAGAAACAUAACCAAAAGAGUAAAAGGAAAAUAGGGAGAGGAUGAGAUUGGUUAUAUUGUUGGAUACGACGGAAAAUGGGGUAGAGUAGAAAGUUUAGAAAGUCUCUACACUACCCCUGACCUGGAACUGAUGCUCCCACAGACGUCCUCCCAGUGGUUUGGUCUGGCCUGGUUUACCGGACCUGCGGAUGCUCAGUCGGCUGGUGUUCAGCAAAACUCCUGGUGCCUCCUCCGCCCAUCCCGCCAGGGGUUGCUGCGCUUCUGUGGGUGGGGGAAGCUGUCAUUGCUUUUGGACUUGUGCACAGAUGACAACAGCAACACGACGAGAAGUUCUUAGCCUCUACCGUCGCAUUUUCAGGCUGGCAAGGAAAUGGCAUGCAGCAUCAGGGCAGACAGAAGACACUAUCAAAGAAAAACAGUAUAUACUAAAUGAAGCCAGAACACUAUUUCGGAAAAACAAAAAUCUCACAGACACAGACCUGAUUAAACAGUAUAUAGAUGAGUGUACAGCCAGGAUUGAAAUUGGACUGCAUUACAAGAUUCCUUACCCAAGGCCGAUUCAUCUACCUCCAAUGGGCCUCACCCCACUCCAAGCCCGGGGACUUCGAGCUCAGGAGAAACUGAGGAAACUUUCCAGACCAGUCUAUCUCAAGUCUCAUGAUGAAGUUUCCUAACCUGCAUGCCUUAGUAAAUGUGUAUGUUCAUCUUACCUUAAAGCCUGUGGUUACCUAGGAUGACUUGGCAUCUGAAAAAACCUCCUUGAAACUCAUACUGCAUUCAUUGUAUUUUACUUCAACAUAACUGAAAAGUGCAAGGUCUGAGGUGGUUUUCAAAUUAUGUCUAAACAGAAGUGGGGCAAAUAAAGGUGAGAAUCCUUGGCAAAUUAUUUGCAUAUCAAUGUUAUUACAUCUUAACUUCAGAGAGAGUGGGUAUUGCCAGUAAAGACAAAUCUCUAUCAA